AGUAAAGUCAAAGUUGCACAGUCUCGCUGCUUAUCCUUUUCAGGUACUGGAAGAUUACCAUUUGUAUUUUCAGCUUUUCACUUUAAAUUGAGACAAAUCAGCAAUUUCACGUAGCUGUCUUCUCCAAUCAUUUUGAAAGUUUGAAAGAAUAAUAUGCAAAAAAGCAACUACGGGAGAUUUCACGAUUGGGUAUUAAAAAUUUCUCUGCAAUACAUCUAGAUUAUAAUUUUUGAAAUUCAACAAUGACAUCGAAAAAAACUUGCAUUGUGCACCCAAAGAGAAGUUCACUGAUAGAGCCUCAUGUUACGCCCUUAAAUUCAAACACGAAUGAUAACUUUCUAUCAAAAUUGGAUUUGCAUAAUGAUACAGUUACCAGAAAACCAGAAAACUGUGCAUUAGCUCGAAGUUGGUUUCUUACAAUGCAGAAUGCUGCAAUCAAACCUAUAGAAGUUGAAUUUUCUAUUCCUUCUAGUUUAUAUAGAUCCCUUAUCAGUCCAAAGAAACAUUUGAUUGACACAAUGAUGGAAGAAUGUGGAAGAUUCAAUAUUUAUUUUUCAAAAAGAAAAUCAAAUCUUCAAAAAGUUGUCAUUAGGGGCCCUUCAGAAAAUAUUGUAAAGGUAAAGAAAAAGUUUCUUCAACUAAUGGAGGAAGAGAAAGCCAAGAAUUACUCUGUAGCUAUCCCUGUCAAGUCAAAAUAUCAUCGAUUUCUCAAGAAUAAGAAUGGUGGCAAUCUUCCUGAUACAUGUAUAAAACUGGGGGCACGUGCUGUUUUCCCUACUCUUAAAAAUAAAAAUCAAGAUUUGGUAACGAUCAUAGGGAAUGAGGAAGCUGUUAAAGAAGUACAAAAAGUACUAGACCUUUUGUUGAAAGACUUAGAGUAUGUGGUGGAAGACAGCAUACUGAUAAAUCGCAAGUUUCACCAUUAUUUUAUCAUGAGAAGGGACCAGCUUAUAAGAGAAAUGACUGAAGUCUAUGCUGGUAUGAUGAUUAAUUUCUCAUAUGAAGGAAAACAGAGCAUUAGAGUUACAAUGAAAGGUGAAAAAGCUUGCGUUGAAGCAGCAAAGAAACACAUCCAACAGAUUUUCGAGCCCCUGGGAUCCCAUGUCACAACACAGUAUGUUAUUCCUCAAAAGCUCUAUACAUUUUUCAUGGGACCACUGUGUUCCAAAGUUCAGCAAAUUGCUAGAGAUUUCCAAGUUCAACUUGCAUUUCCAGACAAAGAAAAUCCAACUAUAUAUGUGAAUCCAGUGUCCCAGGAAGCUGAGAAUGAAAAGUGGGGAAAGAACACUAAAGAACAUGUUUUUAGUAACCAAAGGAAAAAUAAAAUUAUACUUAUUUCAGGUCAAAUGGAAAAUUGCAAAGCAGCCAUGAAUGCUCUUGAGUACCUAAUUCCUUUCACUGCUGAAGUCCAGGUGCCCUCUCACCUACACCCUUACAUCAUUGGUCACAAUGGAAAUGGAAUAAAGAAGAUAAUGAGUGAAUUUGAUGUUCAUAUGCAGGUGUCACAACAUGCAGACAAUUUUGAUAUUGUAUACAUAAUGGGUCUUGCUGCAAAGGUCAAGCAAGCCAAGAUUAAAUUAGAGAAGCAAAUUAAUGAUUUACAAACAGAAAUAGAAGAGCGAGCACUAAGAAACUUUAAGCUAAUGUUUACUCUAGAUGCAAAAUACCAUUCCAUGAUUACGGGUCAUAAGGGAUUGUUUAUUGCUCAGAUUUGCAAAGAUCAUGAUGUUAAUAUACAAAUUCCAAAGAAAGCAAGCCGUGAGAUACAAGACCAAAUCACAAUUACUGGCUAUAAGAAGAAUACUUUAUCUGCUAAAGAUGCAAUAAUGAGAAUGUUACAUAAGAUAGAAAAAACAGUUUCUAGGGAAAUCCCAAUAAACCACCAGGUACGUGACAAUAUUUUUGGAUUUGGUGGAAAACUAAUCAAUAAAAUUAAUGAACAAUUCCAGGUAGACAUCCGGUUACCACCAAAAGGAUCCUGGAACACAAAUGUCACUGUGAUUGGACUCCUUGACAAUGUUCAGGAAGCAAUUGACCAUAUCCUUGAUCUUGAGAAGUACUAUCUUUCAGCUAUGACAAGUUAUGACCCUCCACUGGAUAAUCUUCAGAACACCUGUCUUUACAAGAUAACCAUGGAAUCGCCUAAGAGUGCUGGGAAAAAAGAUGGUCCUCAUAGUGCAAAAUCCAUUCCAAAUUCUCAAAAUGAUGAUUCUGAAGAUUUCCCCAAAUUGAAACAACAAACACCUCCUAAGACUCAUUCUUGGAGACCAUAAUGAAAAUAAUGAUUUAAAAAUAAAUAAAAAUUGUUCUAACAUG